CCAACCUAAAAAGAAAAAAAAAAAGAAAACAGCGUCGGAUAUACGUCUUAUUUUUUUCUAUUUUUUGGUCAUUCCUUCCAUGCUUGAUUUUUUAUUCCCCCCCCCUCUUUCUUUUUUCUCGCUCUAACAAGACAGCAGGUUUGUGCACACUGGAGUUGGCUCGCCGGGAAAACAAGGGGGAGAGGAGCGAGAGAAAAAGAGAGAGAGAGACAGGAGAGAACUACACAGCGGUCUUGUGCGCAAGGCUUGCAAGUGACUUGGAGGGAGGGAAGAGAGCGGGGUAAGCGCGGCCGGACAGGUAAUCUGCUUCGUCUCCACAUCCUCGAGAUCGCCGGGUCUGUGGAGGGGAGGGGAGGAGAGGAGAGGAGGGGGGCCGGCUCCGCGCAGUCGACACUGAGUUUUGGAAACUGCGCGGGCAUUUAAACGCUCCCUCUUGACAUAUGUGGACAUAACCGUCGUCCGGACAGAAAGGGAGAUAUUGCAGCCUCACCCAAGAAGGAGAUUCUGUGAGUAAAACAAGAAAAUAAACCCAACAUAACGGCGGGAUAUGGACCGAAUUGACUUUCUGGCUGCUGCGAUGCCCGGACAUUUCGUUUGGCUUUUUACGCGCAUGUAAAUCCCGAGUAUUUUGUGUGGCACCGCCCGGAGCGCACGGAAGCCCCCCCCCCCCCGGUGUGUGUUGGGGUUUUUUUUCAGUGUUUUAUGGUAAAUCGGGGAAAGGGCAACUAACAUCCAAAGCUCACAGGGAGGUGGGGGGUAAAAAAAAAAAUCAGAGAAAGCCCCCGUGCACUUGCUGCUUUUUUCACUGCAGCAGGAGCGAUGUAGGAAGUCGUCCGGAGGAUGAAGUCUCACGCAUCCCGCAACAGAGGGCUCCGCUCUUAAUGAAAACGAGAUUUCCUCUCCGCGCUCGGACUCUCCCGCAGUGAUUAAAUCCUCUUUUGUUUUUCCUUCAUAUUUUUUGGGGGGGAGAACAUCUUUCUUCAAGUCUUAAGUGGACAUUAUUAUUAUUAUUUUUUUUUUGCCUUCCAGGUGGGAACAAUGAGGACUACUGGUGCAGUGGACUAUUUGUACUAUUGCGUGCUCAUCCUGCAGCUCGUGCAUCAGCCCGCUGCCAAGCAAGUGCUCCGGUACCGUUUGGCCGAGGAGGGACCUGCCGAUGUCAGGGUGGGGAACGUGGCCGGCGACCUGGGCAUCGUGGCCGGGUCCGGCGAGGUGACAUUCACGCUGGAGUCCGGCUCCGAUUUUUUCAAAAUAGACAACAUAACAGGUGAGCUCACCACCAACGAGAGGCGCAUAGACCGGGAGAAACUACAGCAGUGCCAAAUGAUAUUUGAUGAAAAUGAGUGUUUUAUAGAUUUUGAGGUGUCAGUGAUAGGGCCGGCUCAGAGCUGGGUCGACCUCUUUGAGGGAAAAGUCAUCAUACUAGACAUAAACGAUAACACCCCGUCCUUCCCGUCCCCUGUCCUGACACUGUCUGUGGAGGAGAACAGACCCAUUGGAACCCUUUAUCUGCUGCCCACAGCCACAGACAGAGAUUUUGGCAGGAAUGGAAUAGAGCGAUACGAGCUUAUCCAGGACAAUGGGGAGAACUCAAGGCGCCUGGGCUCUUCUGGGGAUUCAUACUCGGGGAAGAGGAGGUUUGAUGAAGGCGCGAGCAGGAGCAGCGUCUUUGAACUGCAAGUUGCUGACACCACUGAUGGAGAGAAGCAGCCUCAGCUCAUCAUUAAAGGGGCCCUUGAUAGGGAACAGAGAGACUCCUAUGAGCUCACACUGCGCGUGAGGGAUGGAGGAGAUCCCCCUCGCUCCUCCCAGGCCAUUCUGAGGGUGAUGAUCACUGAUGUGAAUGACAACAACCCCCGGUUCGAGAAGAGCGUGUAUGAGGCUGACCUGCCGGAAAACAGCUCCCCCGGUUCCCCCAUACUGCAGCUCAAAGCGACGGAUGCAGACGUGGGGGUUAAUGGUCAAAUAGAGUAUGUGUUCGGGGCAGCCACAGAGUCAGUAAGGAGGCUGCUGAGGUUGGAUGAGAGCACAGGGUGGCUGAGUGUGUUGCACCGCAUUGACCGUGAAGAAGUGAGCCAACUGAGGUUCACAGUAAUGGCCCGCGACCGAGGCCAGCCGCCAAAAAUGGACAAGGCCACCGUGGUGUUGAACAUCAAGGACGAGAACGACAACGUCCCCGCCAUUGAGAUCAGGAAGAUUGGGCGCAUUUUCUUAAAAGACGGGAUAGCGAACGUGGCUGAGGACGUGGUGGUGGACACACCCAUCGCCCUGGUCCAGGUGUCGGACCGCGACCAGGGGGAAAACGGCAUCGUGACGUGCACCGUGGUGGGCGACGUGCCCUUUCAGCUGAAGCCAGCCAGUGAGAUGGAGGGUGAGCAGAACAAAAAGAAAUACUUCCUCCACACAUCUGCACCGCUGGACUAUGAGGCCACACAGGAAUACAAUGUGGUCAUAGUGGCUGUGGACUCUGGAAGCCCCAGCCUGGCGAGCAAUAACUCUCUUAUCGUCAAAGUGGGUGACACUAAUGACAACCCUCCUGUCUUCAGCCAGAAUGUUGUAGAGGUGUCGUUUCCGGAGAACAAUGCCCCUGGCGAGAGGGUGACAACAGUGGCAGCCAUUGACGCAGAUAGUGGGAAGAACGCCGAAAUAGCCUAUUCCCUGGACUCAUCGGUAAAUGGGAUUUUCUCUAUCGAUGCAGACAGUGGAGACAUCAGAGUAAACACCAUUCUGGAUAGAGAGCAAACUGAGCGCUACGAAUUCAAAGUGAUAGCCAAAGAUAAGGGCAUAAACACCCUUCAGGGCUCUGCAACAGUGGUCGUCCUUGUGGCCGAUAAGAAUGACAACGAACCAAAGUUCAUGCAGGACGUGUUUACCUUCUAUGUCAAGGAGAACCUUGAGCCAAACAGCCCAGUCGGCAUGGUUACAGUCAUUGACGCAGAUAAAGGCCAAAAUGCAGAGAUGAGUCUUUUCAUUGAGGAAGAGGAGGAGAUCUUUUCAAUUGAGAAUGACACAGGGACUAUUUUCUCCACCCUCUCCUUCGACCGAGAGCAGAAAACUACGUACACAUUCCGCGUCAAAGCCGUGGAUGGGGGUGACCCUCCCAGAUCCGCCACGGCCACAGUUUCACUCUUCGUCAUGGAUGAAAAUGACAACGCGCCAACAGUCACGUUCCCAAUAAACAGCUCCUACACCCUUCUUCCUCCCUCCAGCAACAUCAGAACAGUGGUGAGAACAGUCAUCGCCACCGAUACCGACACUGGCAUCAACGCAGACCUGAACUACAGCAUCAUUGGGGGGAACCCCUUCAAGCUGUUUGAGAUUGAUGGGGGCACCGGGGUCAUUUCUCUGGUGGGGAAGUUGGAGCAGAAGCACUAUGGCCUCCACAGACUGGUGGUCCAGGUGAAUGACAGUGGGCAGCCUUCACAGAGCACCACCACGCUGGUCCAUGUGUACGUCAACGAGACUCUUUCCAACUCCACAGUUGUGGACGCCCAGGUGGCUAAGAGCCUGAGCACGUCUCUCAACACCAACAUUGCCGGCGACCCAAACUAUGAUUUGAGCAAACAGCGGCUAAGCAUCGUAAUUGGGGUCGUUUCGGGCAUCAUGACCGUCAUCCUUAUCAUCCUGGUUGUCGUCAUGGCCCGUUACUGCCGCCCCAAGAACAAGAAUGGCUAUGAGGCCGGCAAGAAGGACCACGAAGACUUCUUCACACCACAGCAGCACGAUAAGUCCAAGAAGCCCAAGAAGGAUAAGAAGAAACAGAAGUCCAAGCAGCCACUCUAUAGCAGCAUUGUCACUGUAGAGGCCUCCAAACCCAACGGGCAGCGCUACGACGGCGUCAACGAGAAGCUGUCGGACAGUCCUGGCAUGGGCCGCUACCGUUCAGUCAACGGAGGGCCGGGGAGCCCAGACCUGGCCCGGCACUACAAGUCCAGUUCACCACUCCCCACUGUCCAGCUUCACCCGCAGUCGCCGACAGCUGGUAAAAAGCACCAGGCAGUUCAGGACCUGCCCCCUGCCAACACCUUUGUUGGCACCGGAGAUAACAUUUCCCUUGGAUCUGACCACUGCUCUGAAUACAGCAGUCAAACUAUCAACAAGUACAACAAACAGCCGUUUCGCCGAGUGACCUUCUCGGUGGUGAGCCAGCCCCAGGACCCUCACCAGCAGGGAUCGCUGCAGAGCUGCUACGACAGUGGCCUGGAUGAGUCGGAGACGCCCAGCAGCAAGAGUUCGUCGGGCCCCCGGCUGGGCGCCCUCCCCCUUCCCGAGGACAGCUACGAGAGGACAACGCCGGAUGGCAGUGUCGGUGAGGCAGAGCACAUGGAAAAUGACGCCCGGCCUUUGCCUGACGUAGCCAUGACUGGCAAGUGCACCCGGGAAUGCGACGAGUACGGCCACUCGGACUCCUGCUGGAUGCCUGUGCGCACGUCGCCCGAGCGACGGCCAUCCAAGUCAACCACCACCCCACAACAACCAAAGCUUUCCACUUUCAUGAGCGGCAGCGGAAGCGGCAGCAGCAGCGCGGAGCAGCCCGGCAGCCAAGAGACCCUCGCCAUGGCCGCCAUGGCCAACGGAGACCCCACCUCCGCUCACAUGAUGGGCGACCGCAAUCGCAACCUUCUCAACAAGAAGAUGGCCUCCUCCUCCUCAUCCUACGAGGCCUUCGGCUCGCCUUCCUACGGCUCGCCGGGAAGCGGGGAGGAGACGCUGGGCCACCCCACUGAGGAGAUCCCACUGGCACCUACCGGGGAGUACAAGCCCACGUCCUGUGGCACUCUGACGCGACGGGAGGUGUACCUGUGAGCUGGGAGGGUUUGACGCAUUCAAAACUAAGCAUAGCUGCUUACCCGCCACCGUUAGAGCUCUAGAAGCUUUUUAGCCGCCCUUGUUCUGCGCGAGGUAGGACUAAACUCUCUCCAAAGACUUUUACGACAGCUCCUUAAUGAAAACUCUAAGUGGAUAUAUAAACAUAGUACCAUUUUUUUAAAAGUGCUAACUCCGGCCAUGACCUGGAAGAAAAGGAGGAGGAGGAGGAAAGAAACUGUUGAGGGCAGUGACGGGACUUGGGACGAGGCUGUUCUACUGGCGAGUCGGGCUCUUGGGACACGAUCUGCUGCCUGACAGUCAAAUCUGUACAAUAAUCAACUCAUUUUACAUAUACAGUACAUGCAUGCAUUACCCCCCCACUGUUCCCCCAUGGAGGCCCCAUUCCCUGAAGAUGACACUGUACAAAAACGGACCCUUUCUUUCUCUGAUUUUUUUUUUUCUUUUUCUAGAAAACUUGUACAUGUGGACUUUUUUGACUUCAGAGUGUGUCUGGUUAUGCCUUUUUUUUUUUUGUUUUUUGGAGGAGUGCAACACUCGGGCCACGAUGUCUCAUAUACAGACAUUAUGGUCUUUAGCCCAUCGAGCUGUCCGUGGAUUCCUUCACCUUGACUGUUUCUAAUAAAAAGCUGCUAAACAGCAGACCAAAACUUGAUCGUACUGAAAUCCUAUAACGGACAGGAAAGACUAAGCUUUAAAUACUCAGCCCAGAGGGACACUUGUGUAAGUCGUGGACCGGAAAUAGGACUCGACGGAUUUUUUUUCUUUUUUCGCCGCAACGCCACCUUCGCUUGGGACUUACGACAACACUGGACGAUGAACACAUGGUGACUGAAGUCGACCAGUGCGACCAGCGCUCACUCAUUGUACAUACGCAUUGGAACCACAGCAACAACGCCAACCACUCUCAUUCCCCUCUCCGUCUUGCGACCCUUCCUCAGUCUCUUCGUUCUUUUGUCUUUGAUUGCCGAGGUCGAGACCAAACCCCCCCCCCCCCGUCCCUCCUGGCCCCAACCCUUUUUUUUUUUUUUUUACGAAAUGCAAAAUUACAGUAGAGCCAUGACAUAUCAACGCGUCGGCUGGAAAAGCAUGUGUGUACAAGGUCGUGCAUAGUCGGAUCUCUUUUGUAAUACGUGCCCUGUUUUCUUUCUCAUUCACACGUAUAUGCAGGAGCAGAAAAAAAAAAAAAAAAAAACAGAUCCAUGUAACUGAGGCCUGGGCAAGCACAGUGUGUGGCAUGCCGAGUCAAAUUAUGGAGGUGCAAUUGAAAGUGUGUGAGUGUACAGGCCAGAUAUGCAGUAUUAAAUGUGUGUUUUUUUUGGGGGGGCUAUAUUUAGUGUAUACUGUAGAUGUACACCGAUAAUAGGCAUAGGAGGGCGCAAACAUGGCUGAGCUGCUCCUGAAACAGCUGCGGAGGACAGCUUUCUACUGUUAUUCCUUUGAUUUUGUGUGAUAGACUGAGCAAUAAAUACCAUCAUGUACACGUGACCAACAAGCAUCAACUUCUUUGUCACUUCUUCUCAAGCCUUCAAGGUGACAUCGGCCGCCCACGCGUGGCGAGCGAGAGAGCGUGUCCUCUUAGCACUAGCAGAUGUCGCUUUCCGUACAAGUGCGCGGCGACGGGCGUCUUUGAGCACGAAUGUACGAAUCAGCUCAAUGGGAGAACAAUCAGAAAGCGACGUCGCAGAGAGCAGGGAGCGAUUUUUUAUUUUUUAUUUUUAAUUUUUUUUGGAUUACGGUGUCAAAGUGAAACCAAAGCUUCGCAAACUGGAUGAAGCAUCCCACUCACCAACUCCCCCCCCACCCCCCCACCCACACUCCAUCACACACAAAAAUAGCUUUUACGUGCAUUACGUGAAGGAUUGAGACUGAGCGAUAAGAAUGUGAUGUCUCGGCUAACAACAAAAGAAAAAAAAAACAAACAAAAAAAAUAACACAAGCAUCCAUUCCAUUCUCAGUGCUGACGCUCAACGGCCACUCACACACAGACACAUGACAAUGUUGGGAUGUUGUGCCUCCCUGUCUACAGUGAUGUUUCUUUUUCUUUUUUUUCCUUUUUUUUUUUCCCGCAGCUGCAGAGGCGCAAAAUCUCAUGACUGUAAUAAAGCAAAAGAAUAUCAGAUGCAAUGGAACUUUUUUUGUAUGUUAGCAGAACCCCUUUGGUUUGGACUGGAGCUGCUUUUUUUUUAUUUUAUUUUUUUUUUCGUCCUGCACUCCGGGGCGAUCUAAUAGUCUGUAAGUACUACUCGUUGUUUGAAAAGGAAAGUGCUCCUAUACUUAUCAAACUGUAUACAUGAAUAUUUACUUUUUACUGCACGUUUAAAUGGGAACUUACUUCACUUACUGAGAAGGAAGAAGAAAAAAAAACUGUAAAACAAAAUGUACAAAAAAAAAAAAUGUUUUCCCUGUAAACAUGGAAAUCCACCUUGUUGCUUGCUUUUGUUAUACCUGAAGAAACAUGUAGUACAACUUAGUACAUCAGUAAGGACCAUGUUUUUCCUUUUUAACGUUUUCAUACUUUUCAUUGAGUGUCUCCUCUUACCGCCACACGAACCCGAAACCUUCACUCGUUUUCACACCGACUUUGUAUCGGCGACAUUUUCAACUUUUUUAUCUCCAUCUUGUAUUUUACUUUAUAAUUCCGUGCAUCGAUUUUCUUACACGACAACGGUCGAAAAUGAUCAUGACAAUGUACUGCGUGUUUUCCUUUUUUUUUAUUUUAUUAUUUUUUUUCUUUAUCUGGUGCCACUUUGUAUAUUUAGAGUGCUUCUGAAAAAAAAUAGACAAAAAAACUGACAAAAAAACCCUAAAAUGAAAAAAAAAAAACACUAGAGUGAAUGCAAAUAUGCAAUUGUGCCUUUUUAUACCAAUUGGUAUGAUUCAAUGUUGGUUUGGAAUGGUGCAUAAACAAUUACGUUGCUUACAAAAAGUAGAUUGGGGUGGCAUUCAAGAGCGGACUGAACUAUAUUUGCAUAUCUUAGAUGAAAUCCCCAUGAUGUCAAAGGCUUCUCGGGAGGACUGGGCCGGUCAAAUGUCAGCGAGCCUUCAUACGACUCGCAAGUGGCUGUUGUUCGCUGGGUUCAAUUAACUUGUCGAAAUAUCCAUUCCUAGCAUAGUGCAUUACCCGAAUGAGUACAGGUACAUUCAAAAAGUUGCUUGUUGGUAGUAAUAAUAAUGAUAUAAUGGAUUUUUUUGUCGUGUUCCACUCAUGUACAUGUAUGACAUCAGAGGUCAAGUAACCUACUUUGUGCAUGAAACAAGCCCUAGGACUGAAUAUAGAAGCAGAGAAAGGUAAAGCGUGGGGAUAGAAAAAAAAAAAAAAACUUGCUUGGAGACAUUUGACUGCUAAGAGUUGAGGGAGCCCGGAGAUAAAAAUGCUAAUGUGACGGUUUACUAGGAGGAGUGGAAGCAAGGGGGAGGGGGUCGAAG